AGAGAGAGAGAGAGCAGUGAACUGUGAAACGAACUGUAGAAACUAGACAACUGACUUACUGAGAGAGAUCCGUGCCGUAGGUUGCCGACGUCGCUGCAGCCUCUGCCCGCAUUUUAUGAGAUACGACAGCAGCUCCAAGUCGCUCCACGGAGGUUUGUGGUCCUCCUGCUUUAGAGUUUCCUGCUGUUACAUGGUAACAAACAGCUGAAGGAAAGAGGGUGUUGAAGAUGGCAGUGUGGAUCCAGGCCCAGCAGCUCCAGGGAGAUGCUCUCCACCAGAUGCAGUCUCUGUACGGGCAGCACUUCCCCAUCGAGGUGCGACAUUAUCUGUCCCAGUGGAUAGAAGGCCAGCUCUGGGAUGCCAUAGACCUGGAGAACCCGCAGGAGGAGUUCAAGGCCAAACGCCUGCUUGACAGUCUGAUCCAGGAGCUGCAGAACAAGGCUGACCACCAAGUGGGGGAAGAUGGUUUCUUACUCAAAAUCAAACUGGGACACUAUGCCAGCCAGCUAAAGAGCACGUAUGACCGCUGUCCUCUGGAGUUGGUCCGGUGCAUCAAACACAUUCUCUACACGGAGCAGAGGCUCGUCAGAGAGGCAACCAAUUCCAACUCUCCGGUGGGUGGGAUGAUGGACAGCAUGUCUCAGAAAUACCAGCAGAUCAACCAAGCUUUUGAGGAGCUCCGCCUGCUGACCCAGGACACUGAGAAUGAUUUGCGCAAGCUCCAGCACAACCAGGAGUACUUCAUUAUCCAGUACCAGGAGAGCCUUCGCAUCCAGGCUCAGUUGACCAGCCUGGCCACACUUCCCCCUGCUGACCGACAGCUCCGGGAGCCGGCCCUCCUCAGCAAGAGAGCCACUGUGGAGGCAUGGCUGACCAGAGAGGCCAACACACUACAGAAAUACAGACUGGACCUGGCAGAGAAGCACCAGAAAACAUUGCAGCUGCUGAGGAAACAGCAGACCAUCAUUCUGGAUGAUGAGCUGAUCCAGUGGAAGAGACGGCAACAGCUGGCAGGCAACGGGGGCCCGCCAGAGGGAGGCCUGGACAUCCUGCAGUCCUGGUGUGAGAAACUGGCUGAAACAAUCUGGCAAAACAGGCAGCAGAUUCGGAGGGCAGAGCACCUGAGACAACAGUUACCCAUCCCCGGACCCAUUGAAGAGCUCCUUAACGAACUGAACGGCACCAUCACAGAUAUCAUCUCAGCAUUGGUCACAAGCACCUUCAUCAUUGAGAAGCAGCCUCCACAGGUGCUAAAAACCCAAACUAAGUUUGCCGCUACAGUGCGCCUUCUAGUGGGGGGUAAAUUAAACGUUCACAUGAACCCUCCUCAGGUCAAAGCUACCAUCAUUAGUGAACAACAAGCAAAAGCCUUGCUGAAGAACGAGAACACACGGAAUGACAGCAGCGGAGACAUUCUCAACAAUAACUGCGUGAUGGAGUAUCACCAGACAACCGGCACUCUCAGCGCACACUUCAGGAACAUGUCUUUGAAGAGAAUCAAGCGAUCGGACAGGCGAGGAGCAGAAUCUGUCACAGAAGAGAAGUUCACCAUUCUGUUUGAGUCCCAGUUUAGUGUUGGAGGCAAUGAGCUUGUCUUUCAAGUGAAGACGUUAUCACUCCCUGUGGUGGUGAUAGUUCAUGGAAGCCAAGACAAUAAUGCCACAGCUACUGUAUUGUGGGAUAACGCUUUUGCAGAGCCGGGACGGGUGCCUUUCCUGGUGCCGGAUAAGGUGCUGUGGCCUCAGCUGUGCGAUGCCAUUAACAUGAAGUACAAAGCAGAGGUGCAGAGCAACAGAGGCCUGUCUGAGGAAAACCUGGUCUUCCUGGCUCAAAAGGCCUUCAGCAGCUCCAGCAACAACCCUGACGAAUACCGUAACAUGACUAUGACUUGGUCACAGUUUAAUCGGGAAAGCUUGCCAGGAAGGAACUUCACAUUUUGGCAAUGGUUUGAUGGUGUGAUGGAACUCACAAAAAAGCACCUUAAACCUCACUGGAAUGAUGGAGCCAUAUUGGGCUUUGUGAACAAGCAGCAGGCUCAGGACAUGCUGAUGUCCAAACCCAACGGUACCUUUCUCCUGCGCUUCAGUGACUCUGAGAUUGGAGGGAUAACAAUUGCCUGGGUGGCAGAAAAUCCUAACAAAGCCGGUGAAAGAAUGGUUUGGAACCUCAUGCCCUACACAACCAAAGACUUCUCCAUUCGCUCUCUGGCUGACCGCAUCAGCGAUCUCAAUCACCUCCUCUUCCUCUACCCCGACCGAGCGAAGGAUGAGGUUUUCUCCAAAUAUUACACCCCACCACUUUCCAAAGCAGUGGAUGGAUACGUGAAGCCGCAAAUCAAACAAGUGGUGCCCGAGUUUACUACAGCCAAUCCAGACCCUGCAAGUGGGAAUCAAACCUAUAUGGAUCAAGGCGCCUCACCAGCACCUGUCAAUCAUCCUCAUACUUACAACAUAUACCAACCUAUGAGUGACUCAAUGUUAGAAGCAGAAGGAGAAUUCGACCUGGACGACACCAUGGACGUGGCGAGGCACGUAGAGGAGCUCCUUCGGCGGCCUGUAGAGAGCCAGUGGGGCGGCCAGCAGUCCUGACCCUUGAACUUUUAAUCAGUGACAGCACCAGACAUACACCGCCUCCUCAUUUUGCCCUACUCAUAUUGACAUUUUACAUGGUUUAAUUCCAUUCAUUUCUCUCUUUUGUCAGAUAGCUAUAAUGUGAAAUGUUAAUAAUGUUUGUGAUUUUAUUUUAUUUUCAGCAUGACAGCAUGCAUGUCAGUAACUUCUCAUAGUUUUUCUUUGUGUCUUUCAGUGUUUGUAAAACAGACUAGGUAUAAUGCAAAACAUACAAUGUUACAGUAUUACAAAAAAGAAAAGAAAAGGUAUCGUUCAUUCACAUUGUGCAUACAUUUCCAGACAGAUAUAUAUAUAAAAAGAAGAUUCUGUAUGCAUUCAUUUUACCAGUUGAAUGUUUUUAUUUUAUUUUUCUUCUUUGUAAAUGGGUUAUCAGUAUUUUAAAAGUUACAUUGAACAUACCCUCGGACAAAAAAAGAAACGUAAUUGAAGAGUUUGCUUUUGCUCUUAUUUACAUUUUCCUAUUCACUGCUCUGAAAAGUUACGGUUCUCAAAAUUCAUAUACACUAACCCAAAGGCAGAGUUACUCUUUCUGCAACUCUCCACAUCAGCACAUGUGCACAAGUGUACGAUCUAUUUGUUCUGAUUUGUUCACCAGCUAUAACCCAGCCAGGGGGCUUAUGCACCUCCCUCUCUCUCUCACAGGGCUAUUUGUCUUCUGUCUGCACACAGAAAUGCAAAUCCAAGCAUUUACCCAGCGCUGCCUGCUUUUCCUCUCAGGUCCCUCCGUUCCCCUCAUCAGUGCUACCUCGCAUUAUCCUACUGACAGUCAGUGUUACUAUUGGUUCCCUUGUUGUUUCUGCACCAUGCUCACAUCCAAGGUACAGUCUUUUGUUGUAUGUGUAAACCUCUGUGAAGAAGAUACUGGCUACGUUUAUUUGCUGUUUUAAGAUGGAAACCACUUUCCUGAAGAAGUCGAGAGGCAUGAUGUUCCAUAAGUCUGGUCAAUGUUCAAAUAUUCUAAGCUGUGGUGCUGCUUCCUUCAUUUUUCUUCCCAUCCGUCCACUUGUCUCUGUAGCUCUGUCAUGACACUGCGGUGAAAGUCUCUUGUGUGACAACAUGACCGCACCAGCAGCAAAAGUAGCGAGAUGUACAUACAUAAGUGCACACAUUAAAUCCUUGCACAGAACUACCAGCCACUGGGCCACAUUUAGAGCUCAAGGAUAUUAAGACAAUACAAGUCUUCAUGUUUAAAUGGCUGACUUUUGUUUUGGUCAAGAUUAGUUUUCAUUGUGUGUCCCCUUUUUUGCGACACAUACAAGAUAACAGAUACAUUAGUCUAAUGGAAAAGCUUGAGACUAUAACCCUAAUUACGCCUCUAAAACAAAACAAAAAACACAUGUACACACACAAACACAAAUUUUUGAAUUGAAAAAAAAUGUCACUAACAGCAGUCUUGCACCUCAGGAAUGAAUUGCUUUGCUUAGCCAAUGAAAAAGCCAAAUAGAAAAAGAUCUACGUAUACAGAAUAUAUGAAUUUUAUUUUCGCUAUCAUAAUUCUAUUUUAUUAUUGUUUCUCUGGCACUCCCCUAUCAAAUGUAAGGGCCAUGCAUGACACUGUUGAGGACUUGCAUACUAUAACCUCCUUAGUUUAAGCAGAGGGUUAAAGUCUCGUGUCAGGACAAGAACAGCUUGAAAGAGGAUUCAGAACAACUGGAAAUCAGAGAGAAAUGUAUGUUAUUUUUUGUGUUUGUCCAAAAGACAUUACAGUAUUAAAGAUAUUCCCUCUGUUAUCUUUUCAUUUCUUCCUCCAACAUUUGCUGUAUCUCACUUUCUUUCCUAUUUUUGAAAUCUCAAGCUACAUGGGCAGUCUUUGCUAUAUUCUUCAUUCUCAUCAUUUUGAAGCAUUGUUCCACUGGAGACUGUGUAUUUUCUUCAUGAUGUAGAUGGCGCUGUGUGCUAUUCAAUGUAUGUACCAUGUUUGUGGUUUUGGUUUGUCCUUUGGAGUUAUUCCAAGAAACAGCUGUUGAGUCAAAAAGAAGAAAAUAAAGUUUUAUAAAUAAUUUUAA